AUGGCUUGCCAGGCAUGCCGCACGAAAAAGAUCAAAUGCGACCGUGUCCGACCCGUCUGCCAGAAUUGCAGACUACGUGCCAGUCAGUGCUCUUACGCCGGUGAGCGGCGCACUCGCCGCUGGGUCGCCGAGGCCGAUGCCGAAAAUAGACGCCUCUCCGGUUCUCAUCCCUCAGCCAGCGAAUCCAACCACGGCCCAUCUCAAAGACCCGCCGAUGCUGUUUCCGGCUCCGGCUCCGACUCCGGCGCUGGCCAGCAACAACCGGAGCCCCGCCACCAACAGUCUACCGCCCGCUCAGCGCACCUCUUGACGGAUGUGGCUGCUCGCACCGACGUUAGAGUCGAUCGACCGGACUGGCGUGCUGUUAUCCCUGCCUCAUCUGACUGGAAUCAAAUGGACUCCGACUCCAUCGCUGGCGUUUUCACCCAUAUGGACCACGACAGCGAGGUCAUCCCCAAAUCCCCCGUCGGCUUCUCCUCCGACCAAGACGACAGCUUGGUCGACAAGAUUCUCGACGGCGACGACCGAGAAUGCUUCAAAGACGCAAAUCCAUCCAUGUGGAUGCGCAUGGACGACGGCGACGAAUACACCGGCCCGUCCUCCGGCAUCUCCAACAUUUCCGACCUCGGACUGAAAUGGGUGCGGCAAAAUGUGCCUGAAUCCGAUGAUCUCUACGAAGCCAUCCAAGAUGUACGGAACGCUAUCUUGUGCCACCUCCGCCAGCCCAAAUGCAUCCCUCAAGACCUGCCGCUGGCCCUAACGACACCACGUCAGACUGCAGAUGUUCCUCCCUCGCAGAUGCUGCAGUACAUCAACGCCUACUUCUCGAAGGUCCAGGUGGUCUUUCCCAUUUUAGAUCGCGCCACCUUCCUCUCCCAGUUGAGCGCAAUGGGCAAUCAUUCCGGUCUCAUCCAGAAGCCCUCCUGGCUGGCCUUAUUGAAUGCUGUCCUGGCUUCAGGCUGUCGAGCUUUGCUUUCUGAAGAGACAGCUGAGGCUUUCCAAGCAUCGGGUUCCGAGGCCUGGGGAUACUUCCAGUUCGCCCUCUCGUACGAGCCCCAAAUCAUACACGGGGCCACUGAUCUGAUGGCAGUUCAAGCCAUGGCCGUGAUGACUGUCUUCGCCCAAGGACUUUCUAGCCCACAAAGGCUCGAGUACACUCUCUCCUCGAUAACUUCGCGGCUCGCUCAUGGCCUUGGACUACACCGCAACCCGCCUCCCGAGUGGAAUCUCGCCGAAGACGAGAAGGAGGAACGAAACCGAGUAUUUUGGGCAGUAUACUGCUUGGAUAAGCUGGUGUUCUACUACCCAUUCACAGCCUUGACAACAAUAUUCGUUCACGUAGUGUCUAAUCCACCCGAUGUCCGCACCCAGAGCGACAUUGCUCUCAUGGAAACUGCCGUCGGCUUCUUUGGCCGUCUCGAGCACAUCACGUCUGGUGAAGCGGCCUUCACCAAAACGACGGAGUUUGUCCGGCAAGCCCGUAAGCUCACUGAGAAAUACAAGAAGACAGACGGAGCUGGCCAGAAGCGAGUUACAACAUCCACGAUAUCAUUGCAACAGUGCGGGCACGUGGGGAUGCUUGACACUUUUUCCAACGGUUUUGAUGAUGGCCAGGUUGACGACGCGCAAUGUCAUCUGGAACCUGACGCCAUUACCACCCUAGAUAUUGGCGUCACGCCCACCCGCCAGUCUCUCUACUCCGAUUCGGUGGGCUUCUCGGCACCGACGACCGAAGAAGCAGUCCAAGCACCGUGGUAG